AUGGCCAGUAAACACAGAUACAGCUCACACAUCUUCAGUGGGUUGUUGAAAAGUCACAGUGCUUAUUCCAUGGAUUUUCCCAUCUUUACUUUCCAGGAUGUUUGCGUGGACCACCACACCGGCCACAUUAGCUACUUACUUCAGUUUCAUCCAGCCAACUUUUUAAUACAGAUCUGCUACAAAUACUGGCUUCCAAGUCUUCCAGCCAAGGUCGUGGCUCUACUUGCAUGUUCACAUGGCGCUAUCAGCCUACAAAUAUAUUCUGUCUCAGGCAGCCAGCUGAUGUGGAUCCUGCGCUUGCACCACACAGUUAUAUAUAUCUUCUAUGGGAUUCUGGGUGUGACUAAAAUCUUAGGUGCUACCAUUAAUUCAUUUCCAGCCUCCUUAACCAAGCUGGCACUGUCAAAUGCCUUCUUUGGACAGGCUUUCAUCAUGUACAACCACACUCAUGGCCGAUUCACAAUGGAUGUUUUUUUGCAUAAGUUACUGGUUCUUGCCACCUUUUUAUCAGGCCUGGUUUCCUUCAUGGAGAUCCUCAUAAAGAAUAAUAUAACUCUGGAACUAAUACGGGCAAGUCUCAUCAUACUGCAAGGGACUUGGUUAUGGCAGAUGGGUUUUGUUCUGUAUAACCCAACUGGAGGUUUUGAAUGGGAUCUGACAGAUCAUCACAACAAUAUGCUUAUUACCAUAUACUUCUGUUUGCAUUGUAUAUUUGCCUAUAUCAUCAUUGGAGUGAAUUAUGCUGUUAUUACUUGGUUGGUUAAAUGGAGACUUAGGAAGUGCAGCUUCACACAAGUUCCACUCCUAAAAGCUACUGGGCAAGAACAAGAAUCAGAAGAGAUGUGA